CAUCAACUGCGCGCCAGCGACGGACAAGAAAAUUGCUCUCGAGAAGCGUGACAUGGGGAUUGAGAAUCUUCCUGAAAUCGAAGCAGGAGUCACCACAGUCAAACCAUCAACAUCGAACGAAGAUGCAGAACCACAGGAGAAUUAUCUCCACGGAGUGAAGAUUGUCAUGUUAACCACAGCCCUCAUGUCUGGUCUCUUUACCAUCGCGCUCGAUAGCUCAAUAAUCUCCACCGCUAUUCCCCGAAUAACCAGUGACUUCAAAAGUCUAGACGACGUUGCCUGGUAUGGGGCCGCCUAUCUUCUCACACAAAUGAGUCUUCAACCCUCCUUUGGGCGUGUGUAUAUUUUAUUCCCGGUCCGUAACACCUUUAUCGUCGCUCAACUCAUCUUCGAAAUCGGGUCCAUUAUCUGUGCCAUUGCACCCAGUUCCAUAGUGUUCAUUAUCGGACGAGCAGUAGCUGGAAUUAGCGCUUCGGGAAUGUAUAGCGGGUUAAUGGCCAUUAUGAGGCACACCGUUGAGACGAAGAAGAGACCUUUAGUUGUAAGCAUUACGGGAAGUGUCUAUGCGAUAUCUGGUGUUCUGGGACCGUUGCUUGGAGGUUUGUUGACGGAUUCGAAACUGACUUGGAGGUUUUGCUUUUGGUUAAAUCUUCCUUUUGGAGCCUUGUCAAUCGCGAUCGUUAUCUGGACGGUGAAGAUACCGAGUACGUCAAUCGGUUUGACUUUACGGCAAAAGCUUGAACGCCUGGACUUCCUCGGAGCGUUGUUUCUGGUUUCUGCUAUCACAUGCUUGAUGUUAGCUCUGCAGUGGGGAGGGAUACUUUAUCCGUGGUCGUAUCCAAGUGUUUGGGGUUGCCUUCUUGGAUUUGGAAGUAUCAUUAUCCUCUUCAUCCUCUCCCAAGCAUAUUUGAAGGAAAGAGCAAUGAUCCAAGGUCGCAUCAUCAAUCAACGCACAGUUAUCUCCAGUUCGCUUUAUAUAAUCUUCCUCCAACUCGGAAUGACGACCCAGACAUACUUCAUGCCCUUCUACUUCCAAGCCGUGAAAGAGACCAGCGCCGCUGUGUCCGGUCUCCACACUCUCCCUUACGGCAUAACGAUUGCCAUCUGCUCGCUCAUUUCUGGGACGUUGGUUACCAAGUUCGGACACUACGUUCCGCUGGUAUGGAUUGGUACUUCUUUGUUCACGGUCGGAUCAGCUCUUCUGACUACAUUGACGACGAAAAGUUCAUUUGGGGCUUGGUUUAGCUUUGAAGUCAUUUCUGGUGCAGGUUAUGGCUUGAGUCAACAGAUAAGUUUCAUUGCUGUGCAGAAUGUCCUAGCAGCUGAUGAUUCCGUGAUGGGCGUGUCGUUUGUGAUUUUUGGUCAAUCAUUAGGAGGAUCAUUGGGGCUUAGUAUUGGCCAGAACAAAUUGUCUACUUCGUUGAGCCAGAUGUUGAAAAAGAUUCCCGGUGUCGAUGCAGCGGCUGUUAUCAGGGCAGGGGCGACGAAGAUUCAGAGUGUUGUGCCUGCGACUCUUCUUGGAAGUGUUCUGGAGGCGUAUGAUGUUGCAUUGACGAAAGUCUUCGUGCUCUGUGCAGUGGGUGGUGGCAUGGCAUUGCUAUGUAGCUUGGGAUUGGAGUGGAAGAAGGUUGAUAAGAGGACUUGA